GUGCUCCUCCUACCUCUCCGUCAUUUCCUGGCUUGAUGAGUGCAGUUCAAUUAUAAUAUUACAGCAAAACAUUGUGUGGGUUCACCGGCUUGUGUGCAGGGGUAGUAAAUUAAAAUCUAAUAAGCGAGAUAGAAAACGCACAAUGAAAUUGCAGAAGCUGAUGAUUAAUUUUGCUUUCCCCGCUGUUCUGUUUUCUCUUCUUCUUGCAUGUGUGGAUGUAUCCGCCGAGGAAGGACUUUCGAAAGGGUUUGGGGAUCACAUUCACUGGAUGACUUUUGAAGAUGGAAAAAAGGAGGCAGAAGCCAGUGGUUUGCCGUUGAUGAUUAUCAUCCACAAGUCCUGGUGUGGAGCCUGUAAAGCCCUUAAGCCGAAGUUUGCAGAGUCUCAAGAGAUCUUUGAACUGAGCCACAACUUUAUCAUGGUAAACGUAGAGGAUGAAGAGGAGCCCAAAGACCAAGGCUUCAGUCCUGAUGGGGGCUACAUUCCUAGAAUCCUCUUCCUAGAUCCCACUGGUAAAGUGCACCCUGAGAUCACCAACAGGAAUGGAAACCCCAACUACAAGUACUUCUACAGCAGUGUAGAGCAAGUUGUGUCAGGGAUGAAGGAAGCCCUGGAGAAACUGACAGGAGAUGCCUUCAAGGAGUCGCACAUGGCUGACGAACUCUAAACCUGCGGCCCAGACCACACUGAACAGAGGCGACACUGCAGACACCAGAAACCACAGCUCACUCUCCCACCCUCGCAAGACACUGAACUCCACUGAAAUUGAAAUACACUGAAAUAAGGAAUGUAAUUCAAACCCAGGACUCAUCAACCGACCGACAGACAGGGAAUCAUGGUGUAAAAACAACUAAUACGAUUCUGUUUAUGGCAACUGGCAAAUAUAUAUAAAGUGUUCAUUUAGGAAAUGUGGUAUGUAAGUCACCACCAAACAAACCAAAGUAUGGUGGCGUUGUAGAGCCAGAAGUGAACUGUUUGUAUAUUGGGUUUAAGGUUUGCUCUGUAUUUUACACAGGGCUUAAAUCGUUUCCUAAUUCUAUAUACAUUUUCAAUUCAAUUUGCUAGACUUCCUGCUAGAGGUCCUGUUGUAACUUGCCACAGCUCAGGGACUGCCCCCUCUGUUUACCCAGCAAAAAGCAUGUAGAUCCACACCAGGGGGCAGUCUGUAUGUUUCCUUGCUUGCAUUGAUAUUUUCAGACAACUGCAUUCUACAACUGUUAUUCCUCUUUCUGGCUUCACUCUUAUUAGUGAGUGUUUUAAA